AUGGCUCGUAUCGCCUCCGUUUUAAUUCUCGCUGUCUGCGUCUCUCUCACUCUCUCCUCAUUUAUUCCACAAUCUCAAGCUUCUUUGGCUUGUAUUACUUGUGUUGCGACAGUUAAAGGAGUUGAAGGAAAAGUUUUGGCAGAAGGUGAAAGUGUUGCGAAAAAAGAUGUGGAUGCGAUUUGUUUGAAAGAGGUUCCAACUAAAUCAGCUGAACAUUUGUGUGAAGAAUAUGGAGAACAUGAAGUUGAAGUUAUGGUUGAUUUGAUCAAGAAAGAUGUUCCACCAAAGACAAUCUGUCAAGAAUUGAAGAAAUGUUAG